GACACACACACAGCCCUCCCGCCUCCCACACCCAUCCUCCAGCCCUCAUUGGCCACGGAGGGUUCCGAGGGCUCUGAGCCAGCCAAUGAGAUGGCAGGAGAGGAAGUGACCAGGGACGACAGAGAUGAGGCUCCUAUUGACCGAUCAGGGGGCGGCGUGGAGGAUCAGGUGACCGAGUGUGGCCAAUUGGUGAGCCUGGAGGCGGAGACUACUGCUGCUCCCGAGGGGGAAGAAGAGGACUCUCUUCAGACCAAGGGGAAGGGUUGGGGUGGAUGGGGCUCCUGGGGGAAGUCUCUACUGACCAGCGCUACGUCUACUGUGGGUAACAGUCUAACUUCAGUAAAGGAGAAGGCCGGGGCUCUGCGUCUCCACAGGACCUCAGUAGGAGAGGAAGCACGAGAGGAAGAGGAGGAGGAGGAGGGAGGAGAGGAGGAGAAGGAGGAUAGCUGUCCUCAGUCAGCCCUGGCCACUACUCCACCACCAAGCAGAGGAGUACUGUCUACCAUCACACACGCUGGGAAGUCAGUGAUCAGUGGUGGUCUGGAUGCCUUGGAGUUCAUCGGGAAGAGAACCAUGACAGUUCUGGCGGAGAGCGACCCUGGCUUCAGGAAGACCAAGAUACUAAUGCAGAGGACUGUCUCACUCAGCCAGAUGCUGAAGGAUGCCAAGGAGAAGGAGAGGGCUCGUCUCAGCUGCCAGCCAAUCAGUGAGCCCACAGCUCACUACGGAAUCCUGUUUGACGACUACCAGGGCCUAUCACACCUAGAGGCUCUGGAGAUACUGGCCAAUGAGAGUGAGGCUCAGGUUGAGGUCGUUCUUCUCCUCCUAGAAGAGGAAGAUCAGGAGGAGAGGAAGAAAGAACUGAUUGCCAUCAAGGACAUCUUCAUCAGCCACGCGGAAGAGGAGGAGGAGGAGGAGAGGAGGAGGGAGAGGAGGAGGGAGAGAAGGAGGGAGAGACGAUGGAAAAGGGUGAUCUGAGCCCAGCGUUCUACCCCUCUGUCUGCCGAUGGGGAGGAGUUUGAGAGUGUUCUGACUGAGCUACUGUUUGAUCUUCACAUCGCUGCCACCCCAGACAAACUCAACAAGGCCAGGAUGAGGGCGCACGAUUGGGUGAGAGAGGUGGAGAAACACGUCGCCACGGAUACCAUCGGGGGCGACGGAGGAGGAAGACCAGGCCGUAGCCUGUGUGCAUCGCUAACGUGUGUGUGUUGCAGGUUGACGUGUGCCAUGUGUAGGGAGGUGGACUGUCUUGCCAGGAAGUUCUCUGCUACUCUGCUCACUGUCGGGGGUCAGAUAAAAGCGGAAGAGUUGAACCCUUUGGUAGACAGUGUGCUGCUUGAGGGUUCUAACAGUGUUCUAUUGUUCCGUAUGGUUCUAACAGUGUUCUGUUGUUCCGUAUGGUUCUAA